AUGGGUGAGAUCGGUGUUGUCGGUGCAAAUGGAGGUGUGAGCCUCGAUGUGUUUGGGAGUAGGGAGGGAGUGGAGGCGGGAGCAACAGUGAGCUUAGAGCCAAUCACACGGAAAUACGCGUCGGCAGAGCAGGCACAGAACGCGCGGUGGUUGGAGACGGCGGUGACGAGUGGUACCAAGGCAGAAGUGCGAGCAAUGCAACAGUGGGGGUUAGGAGCUGAAGGCAGGCGAUUCUACGACGAGGGUGUUCUACUCUUCGUUCUCCGAGCUGUUGCGUCCUGGGUCAACAAGGGUGACUACAGUAUUACGCAAAAACUGUUGGAGGAAAUGGGUCAAAUUAAAACACGCCAAAACUACUGUGAUUGUGCUUCAACUGUACCUUGUAUCCGCGCACCAAAAUCUCUGGUUCGAAUCACGAAGCCGCUGGAAAAGACGGCCGCAUGCAGGGACGAGGGCGGGGACGUCGAAGAGGACGGCGAUGGGUACGGGAGAGGUGACGAGGGCUUAGGCGGAGGCGGCGACGGGGACAGGAGAGCCGACGAGAGCGGAGGCGGCGACAGGGACAGGAGAGCCGACGAGGGCGGAGGCGGCGACGGGGACAGGAGAGCCAACGAGGGCGGAGGCGGCGACGAGGACGGGGACGGCGACGGGGACGGCGACGGUGACGGGGACGGCGACGGUGACGGGGACGGUGACGGGGACGGGGACGGCGACGGUGACGGCGACGGCGACGGUGACGGCGACGGGGACGGGGAUACGACGACGGGCGACGGGGACGGCGACGGGGACGGCGACGGCGACGGGACGGGGACGGGACGGGACGGCGACGGCGACGGCGACGGGGACGGGGACGGGACGCGACGGCGACGGCGACGGGGACAGGGACGGGCGGUGGCGGCGGCGGUGGCGGUGGCGGUGUGCGCUUACUGCCGCUUUGAGGGGGGCGGCGGCGGCGGGGUUGGUGAUGACGGUGACGGUGGCGGUGGUGGCGAUGGUGGUGGGAAGGCGUUGGAACCAGUGGACGUGGCGAUGGCGUCGGCGAUGGUGUACGGGGUUAGCAGUGGGAAUGGCGAUAACAAUAGCAAUGGCGAUGGUAGUGGAAGUGGCAAUGGCGAUGGUACUGGAAGUGGCAGUGUCGAUGGAAGAGGCAAUGACGAUGGCGGUAGCAGUGGCGAUGGCAUUGGUGAUAUUGAUGCGAAUACCGUUGCACCAGUGGUAAUGACGUAG